AUGUCUAGUAUAAAACAAUCUCGACCAAAAUCAAUAUUUAACAUAUUAAUGAUGUUUAAUAAACAAUAUAAAAAAUUGAUAUUAUUAUUAAUUGGAUUCAUUACUUUAACAUUUAUGAUUCAUAUUUUCAAUUCUACUUCAUCAACUAUUUCUCCUGAUUUAUCAUUAUUUCAAGCUCAACAAUUACAAAGUCAUGGAUUUCUUCCUACUAGUAAUAAAAAAUCAAUACAAAUAAUUAGUGAUUUCACAAUAUUAAAAUGUAAUAUUUAUAGUAAAUGUAAUGUACCUAAAGGUUACAUUCAAUUAUUUCCUAGUUUAAAUUAUUAUCAUAAUAGUAAAAUUAAAAAUGAUUAUUAUUUAAUUAUUAAAUUACUGUCAAUUGAUCAAACUACAAAGAUUAUUACUGAUAUUAGUAUUAAUAAAAAUGAUGAUGAAUCUGAAUCAUCAUUUUAUGAAGAAGUUGUUAUUGAACCAGGGAAAUUAAGUUUAUAUAAAAAGAUUCAAUUAAUUAAUAUUGAUCAACCAAUUAAUGAUAAAUUACCUAUACUACGAUCAAUUGAUAUAUUAUUUGGUAAUAAUGAUUUAAUUGAUUCACGUCCUCAUCAUAAAUCAUUACAUUUAUCUAAUAGUGAAUCUAUUCAUACUAUAUUAUCAUUAAAUAUGAUGACAUUAAUUGAUCAAAAUGAAUUACAAGAAAUUCAUCAACAAACUAUGAAUUUAAGAAAUUCUCAAUUAAUUGAAAUUACUAAUAAUAAAUAUAAAAUUAUGCAAUUAUCUGAUUUACAUUUUGGUCAAGAUUUAGGUCGUUGUGAUGAAUCUAAUAGUAACACUAAUGAAAAUGUUAUUAUUGAUGAAAUUAAAUGUUCAUCAGAUUUGAAAACUUUGAAAUUUAUUGAAAAUUCAAUUCAACAAGAAAAUCCUGAUUUAAUAAUUAUUACUGGAGAUUUAAUUGAUAUUAAUCGAUCAAUUGAUUUUAAAUCAAUUUUAUUAAAAUCUUUACAACCUAUUUUAGCUCAUAAAAUAAAAUUUAUUUAUACAUUUGGUGAUGAAAUAAAAAAUCAUUUAACAAAAAUUUCUAUAAUAAAUUUUUUAUCAACUUUACCAAAUUGUUUAAAUAUUAUUCCUGAUGAUUAUAAAUAUGAUAAUAAUAAUAAUAAUAAUAAUAAUAAUAAUAAUAAUAAUAAUAAUAAUUAUGAUUUAAAGGGUAAUAAAAUGCAUGGAGUUACAAAUUAUAAUUUCCAAAUCAAACAAAAACAAAGUAGCACUUCUUCAUCAUCAUCGUCAUCAUCAAUAUCGGUGACGGUUUUAGAUUCAGAAGAUCAUUUAAUUGAUGAUUCACAAAUGACUUAUUUAUAUCGAAUCAAUAAUCAAUUAAUUAAUGAUUAUAAAUUAUUAUUUUUCCAUUAUCCAUUACCUCAAUUCCGCCCCAAGGGGAAAUUUAAACUUGUUGGUUCAUAUAAUGAAAAACAUGAAUUAGAUGAUAAAACUAAAUUAAAAGUUCAUGAUGAUAUAAUAAAUUGUGGUUAUAAUGUUAUUUCUGUUGGUCAUGAACAUGAAAAUGAUGCUUGUUUAUUAUCUAAAUCUACUUUUGAUGAUUCUAAUAAAUCAUCAAUUUGGUUAUGUUAUAAUAGUGUCACAGGUGAUUCAGGUAUAACUAAAUUAGAUAAACAAUACGUUAGAAAAUUACGAUUAUUUGAAAUAGAUUUUGAAAAAAAUCGAAUAUUAAGUUGGAAACGUCAAGAAAAAGAUAAUAAACCAUUUGAGUAUCAAGCAAUUUAUGAAAAACCUCAAUUAAAAAAAUAA